AAAUUCUCCCUGGUGAGGUUGAAUUCACUGCCCUCAUCAGUCUUAUUAGUAUUGCUUCCCCGUACCGCCCGACUAGGCAUUACUUUCCUCUUCAUCUUCAACUCUCUCUUUCUUUCUGCUGUGAUCAUGAAGCAUUCGGAAUAAUUACAAUACAUUCUUCCAUUUGUUUUCCUUUGACUCUUGUGCUAUUAAGGUCAAAACUUUUUUAAUGAAUAAUUUAAUAGCCAUCGCGGCUAUUUGAGCCAAUAAAUCUGAUCCACCCAGAUAUGGGUGCCAGUAAUUUUUAUAUAAAUUAAGAUAUAUCUAAACUAUAUGAAAUGGAGUCUCUAAAUUGUAUUCAAAUGAAUGCUUAACUCUAAUUGGGUCCUUCGAAUGUUAUGAGCCGUCGGAAUGCCUUAGGUUCUGCAUACAUAUACCCCUUGACUAUUCAAGUAUAAAAAGUAAAAAUUGGUUGAUAUACCAUUGUGCAAAUCAACAGAACUAUUUUACAUAAAAUGGUCUGUAGUCCAUUGCGUUGUAACACACAAUAUGAACCAUAUUUCCGCAGAGAAUUUAUGACGUAUGGUAUGUACAUACCAGUGCGGAGCUCAUGGCCUGCAAAUGUUCCAUUUCGUGGGCACUGUGAUCCUCUUCCAGUUGAAGAAUGUCCUCUGUAGCCUCCUCAUUUGUCCUCGCUCACUCAUUUAUACCUGCUUAUUCGGACUAGUCGAUGCUGACCAAUGCUGCAAUUCAAACGACCCUUAAACAGGUGAAACUAAAGUGACAGUUUAUAGCCCUUAAGUCUUCGAGUACCUGUUAUAUAAACGCGUUUCGCAUUAAAUGCCGCUCAGUUCAACUUUGCACUUCCACGUAGCCAGUCUGAGCGCAGAAUAUCUUCGAGAUGUUGCUGAAAUUCAAUGAGGCUUUUGAAAAAUAUAUAGCAACACUACCAAUGCCAGAUGUAUUGGAUUGCAAGGAUAACGAAGAAAUAGCCCAGAAAAUAUAUCAAGCAUUCCACGAGAUAAACUCUAUUUUCAAGGGCACGGUGUCCAAUUUGGAGGGAAAUUAUAUGGGUCAGUUUGGUGGUAAUCCAGGAAUUAUCCUGAAAAUGCCAUUCAAGAUUACUCCAAAGAGAGUAAACAAAACCAAAGACUUCACGGCCUACAAGCUGAUGUCGGUUGUACAGCAUCCGGCUGUGCAAAAUGGAUAUGUUAUUCCGAAGAGGAUAACAUCUCUGUUUGAAAUGGAUUUGCAAAGAGCUCUGGACAGCAUUGGUCGGUUAAAACUCCAGAGUGGAGAUACCUACACCCGGUUUAGAGUUCAUUCGAGAACGGAUGGGCACGGCAUUUUAAGAUUUGAGAUUAUUGCUUUUGGAUCCAACUCUCGCAGCCAGUGCGAGCAACCACAUUACUCAUUUCCAGUCCGUGUUACAUUUUUGAAUUACCCAAACACUUACAUGGGUCUUGGCUCGCAGUUUGUGAUAUUCGACGAGGCCGCUUUAGAGGGGCCCAGCCCCAACAGAAAUAUAGAUAACUUGAUCAGGUUCAUGGCGCAUUUAAAUGUAGACAAUUUCGAAAUCGAAACAUCUAUAGAUUCGGAUUUAGAGCCCAUUGGAGAUAGAGCGAUUGAGGCUCUAAGGCGAGUAAUGAUUUCUCCCAAUUACGAAGUCCGGUUCUACGUGUGGCUAAAGCUAACGGAAUUCAAGAAGUUGGGCAGUGUGGACUAUGACAAAAUGGCCAAAUGGCUUAAUCUUGCCAUAGAUCCAACAACGCCAAGCUAUUUAUUAUUAUUUCUUAGAACAUAAGCGAACAAUUUAAAUUUAUUACAACACAUUCUUUAUUGC